AUGGCGGACUACCGAUAUCAAUCUGUUGAGCCUGCAUCAUAUAGCAGCAUUAACAACAACAACGGCAACGAUGGCGGCUACAACAGCGGCUACGGCAGCUACUUCAACCAACAGGCACAGAAGAACAAGCGCUCAAAGUGGAUUGCCAUUGGCUCUGUUGUCGGUAUCAUUGUUCUCGUUGCGAUCGGUGUCGGCGUGGGUGUAGGGGUCGCCAAAAGCCGUAGUGGCUCGCCUAAAUCUGCCGCGACGAACUCUAACUCGAAUGGGGCCAGCAGCAGCUCGGGCGUUGUCCCGCAAACGGACCCGAAUGACCCAAGCACCUUUGUCAAGAACCCGGCGCUGAAGAAGUCUUUUUAUGCCAUGGCCUACACGCCGUACGGCUCGCAAUUGCCAACUUGCAACAACUCGCUGGCGGAUGUUAUCACCGACAUCCAAUUGUUGUCCCAACUGACGACUCGGAUCCGACUGUACGGUGCUGACUGCAAUCAGUCCGCACUUGUCCUCGAGGCAAUCAAGCAAACCAAAGUCGACAUGUCGGUCUACCUCGGUAUCUACCCCAUUCCCAGCGACGCUGGCGCCGCAUAUGUGCGCCAAAGAGACAUUAUCAAGUCUGCGUUGCAAACCUACGGAACGGAUCAUGUUCUAGGCCUGACAGUUGGAAACGAGUUCAUCCUCAACUAUCUAGGGGACAACGGUGGAACGACACAGGACCCCAAUGGUGCUGUCGGAAAUGCCGGCGCCGACCUCCUUCUUACCAAUAUUUCGGACGCCCGUUCAAUGGUUAGUGGCUUGGGUCUCAAGAUCCCGGUCGGCAACGCAGACGCUGGCUCGUAUUUCAACAACAAAAUACUAGCGGCUGUGGACUAUGGCAUGGCUAACGUUCACCCUUGGUUCGCAUCUCAAGCUGUGCAAGACGCUGCAGCAUGGACAUUCGACUUUUUCGCGACGACGAAUGUAGCGCCUGCCAACGCUCUGCCCAACAAACCACCAAUGUACAUCGCUGAAACAGGAUGGCCCACCAAAUCGUCUUCGAAAGAGGCGGAGUCGGAUGGCAAAUCGCUAGCUUCAGUGGACAACCUGCAGAUCUUCCUGGACACCUUCGUCUGUCAAGCCAACAAGAACAAUGUCGGAUACUUCUUCUUUGAGUACUUUGACGAAGGCUGGAAGGAUGUCCAAUUCGGUGGUGUCGAGGGCUGGUGGGGCUUGUUCAACGCUGACCGAACUCUGAAGAAUGUCAAGAUUCCAGACUGCGCUUCGCCUUGA